CGAGGGGAGCGGACAGAGCGCUGGAUGAGGAAGGUGUAAAGAGGGUGUUUCAGAGGGCUCCAAAGAUGUCGGCACUGUCGAGUACAGAGCGCCGGGGUUUCAUAGAGAUGUUCAGUUACCUGUCCGACAGCGACCUGCGCGCCCUCUGCGACACCGUCACCCACAGGAUGAUCGCAGUGGAGAGCGCAGCAGAGCGUCUCGAGGCCAUCCUCACGUACACGCGCAGCGCCGAGGAGCUGCUCCGGCGGAAGAAGGUGCACAGAGACGCCAUCUUCAAGUACCUGAGCGACCAGAAAGUGGUCAUCUCACCCACGGCGGAGAAGGGCGAGCUGGUGCGGCGCGCGCUGGAGCUGUGGAGAGGGGUGUCGCAGGUAUCGGUGCUGGUCGGGGACCCGACAGAAGGCAUUUCGAGUGAUUGCGAGCAAGGGGAUGCGUGGGACCAACCUGCUCUGGCGAAGCAAUUCUGCCAGUGGUUCUUCCAGGUUUUGAACUCCCAGAACCCUGCUCUGGGUCAGGAGCCCCUGGCGUGGGGUCCGCAGCACUUCUGGGAGAACGUGACUCUGAAACUGCAGUCCUGGACAGAGGAAGAGCAGAUGGACGAAUUCUACGGGGCCCGUCUGGUUAGCCUGCGUCUCCUGGCCCUCGUUCGGGAGGAGAGGCUCCUGUUCAGCCCCAACCUGGAGCCCCAUGGACUCAAGUACACCUCGUCGCCCCACGGCCUCGUGGUGGUGGCCGUGGCUGGGACCAUUCACCGGAAUCAGGUCUGUCUCGGGAUUUUCGAGCAGGUCUUUGGGCUCAUACGCUCCCCGCUGGAUUCGUACAGCUGGAAGAUUAAGUUUGUUCAUUUGAAAAUAAGAGGACAAAAUGCACUUGCAGGAGGAGAGGCUGCAAAAUCACCGGCUUUGACGUACGACUCCAACGAACUGCAGCUUUUGUGUGACUGAGAGAAUGGCACCCCAUGCUUAGAUGUUCACGGAACAAAAAUGUGCAGAAAACUGGCACUUUAUAAGACCUUGUACUGUACUCUGGAUACCUAACAAGAGUUUUAUAUGUGUUUUAUGUUGUUUUUUAAAAGAUCAUUUUAUGUGGUCUUUGCACUAUGUCUCAUACCCAGUGAAAUGUUCACAGACCACUAACAGGUAUGUUUGUACCCCAUUGUCCAUUUCAGGUACAAAAAUGUUUUUUUUUUUUUUUUUUGAUAAAGGCAUUUAUUUUUUUUAAAUUAAUCUGCCAAAGAAAGACCUCGUACCAUUAAAAUGUCAGAUGAACAAAGGCAGAUGAA